GACUUUUUUUUAUUUUUGAAGCCGAAUUGUGUAAAUCUGGCAUUUUCGUCAGAAACUUGAGUUAAGGUGGCAACGUCGUCCGUUAUUCCUGAUUCUCUUUCUCAUUGGACAUCUUUGCUUAGGACUAGGACAAUUGUGGAGCUGCCACGGUUGUUUUCUUCUAGAUCAAGAUGGGUGCAUACAAGUAUAUGCAAGAGUUGUACCGCAAGAAGCAGAGCGAUGUUAUGCGAUUUUUGCUCCGUAUGAGGUGUUGGCAAUACCGCCAGCUUCACCGUGUGCAUCGCGCACCCAGGCCAACCAGGCCUGACAAGGCUCGUCGCAUGGGGUACCGUGCUACGCAAGGUUUUGUUAUCUACCGUGUCCGAGUACGUCGUGGUGGUCGCAAGCGCCCAGUUCCUAAGGGUUGCACGUAUGGUAAACCCAAGGGUCAUGGUGUCAAUCACUUGAAACCUACUCGCAACCUCCAAGCGAUUGCUGAGGAACGUGUUGGCCGUCGUUGUGGUGGGCUACGUGUUCUCAACUCAUAUUGGGUUGGACAGGAUUCCACUUUUAAAUUCUACGAAGUUAUCCUCGUUGACACUGCCCACAAGGCCGUUCGUCGCAAUCCCAAGACACAAUGGAUCGUCAACCCUGUACACAAGCAUCGCGAGCUCCGCGGUUUGACGUCAGCAUCCAAGAAAUCUCGGGGUCUUGGAAAGGGACACGGAUUUUGCCAAACAAAUGGUGGAUCAAGGCGGGCUACCUGGAAGAGGCGCAACACUCUCUCUCUUCUCCGCAAACGUUAAAUCGAUCCCAAAUCUUGGUUGUAUCUUGCUCGAGUUGUACGCUUGUUCAAUACAUCUACUUGAUCAGCUCGAAA